GUUAUUUUUGUGGCAGAUUGGGGAGAGUAUAUGUAUUAAUUGAUAGUACUAAAAUCAAGGAUUUGAACGUGGCAGUUCAGACUCUCGGGAGUGAGAAAUGGACGUGUCUCCCUCACACACGAAAAGGAAACAACCAGAAGAGAAUUCGGAGGGCAAGGCUGAAGUUCCCACUCAAGAAUCCGUGUCAAAGAAGCGUAAUUUAGCACGCACAUGUGUGCAUGAGGUAGCAGUUCCAAGUAGGUAUUCUUCAAAUAAGGAUGAAUCAGUAUAUGGGACAAUUUCAGAUCCUAUUUUUAAUGGGGAAAUGGCAAAAACCUACCCAUUCAAGCUCGAUCCAUUUCAGGAGGUUUCUGUUGCAUGUUUGGAAAGAAACGAGUCAGUUUUGGUUUCAGCACACACUUCAGCUGGCAAAACUGCGGUUGCUGAAUAUGCGAUUGCCAUGGCCUUUAGGGAUAAGCAGAGGGUUUUAUAUACUUCUCCGUUAAAAGCUUUGAGCAAUCAGAAAUACCGAGAGUUGAGCCAGGAGUUUUCUGAUGUCGGGUUGAUGACAGGUGAUGUAACACUUUCGCCAAACGCGAGUUGUUUGGUAAUGACGACAGAAAUUCUUAGGGGAAUGCUUUAUAAGGGUUCUGAGGUGUUGAAGGAAGUUGCUUGGGUCAUAUUUGAUGAGAUACAUUACAUGAAAGAUCGUGAAAGAGGUGUGGUUUGGGAAGAAAGUAUCAUUUUCUUGCCUCCAGCUAUUAAGAUGGUUUUCCUUUCGGCAACAAUGUCAAAUGCUACUGAAUUUGCAGAAUGGAUAUGUAAUAUACACAAACACCCAUGUCACGUGGUUUAUACAGAUUUCCGGCCAACACCCCUGCAACAUUAUGUUUUCCCCGUGGGAGGCUCUGGGUUGUAUCUUGUUGUUGAUGAGAAUGAGCAGUUCUGGGAAGACAAUUUUUUGAAACUGCAGGACACUUUCGUGAAGCAAAACCUGGCUGAUGGGAACAAGAGUGGACACAGUAGAGCGAGACUUGCUAAAUGUGGGACCACUUCUGGUGGUUCUGACAUAUAUAAAAUCGUUAAGAUGAUUAUGGAGCGUAAAUUCCAACCAGUGAUAAUAUUUUGUUUUAGUAGAAGAGAGUGUGAAGAACAUGCCAUGUCAAUGUCUAAGCUUGAUUUUAAUACCCAAGAGGAGAAGGAAGUUGUGGAUCAAGUGUUCAAAAAUGCAAUCCUUUGUUUAAAUGAGGAGGAUAGGGGCUUACCUGCUAUUGAACAAAUGUUGCCAUUGCUUCAGAGAGGCAUUGCUGUUCACCAUUCUGGCUUGCUUCCUAUUAUCAAAGAACUUGUGGAACUUCUGUUUCAAGAAGGGCUGGUUAAGGCUCUAUUUGCCACAGAAACGUUUGCCAUGGGGUUGAACAUGCCAGCAAAAACUGUUGUUUUCACGAGUGUGAAAAAAUGGGAUGGUGAUAGUCAUCGAUAUAUUGGAUCUGGUGAGUAUAUUCAGAUGAGUGGUAGAGCUGGACGUCGUGGUAAAGAUGAGAAGGGUAUUUGUAUUAUAAUGAUUGACGAAAAGGUAAAUUUAUUGCUGGCACCAU